AUGGCUUUAAUGCUUCCUGAGAAGUUUCAGCACAUUCUUCGUGUAAUGAACACCAACAUCGACGGUCAACGGAAGAUCACCUACGCUCUUACUGCAAUUAAGGGUGUCGGCCGCCGCUAUGCUACUGUUGUAUGCAAAAAGGCUGACAUCGACGUCCGGAAGCGAGCUGGUGAAUUAAGCGAGGAUGAGAUUGAGAAAAUUGUAACGGUGAUGGGCAACCCACGCCAAUAUAAGAUUCCAGAUUGGUUUCUUAACCGGCAGAAGGAUAUUGAGGAUGGAAAACACACACAACUUCUCGCUCAAGGUUUGGAUAGUAAACUUCGUGAGGAUCUGGAGAGACUGAAAAAGAUUCGUGCUCAUCGUGGUCUUCGGCACUACUGGGGCCUUCGUGUGCGUGGACAACACACCAAGACGACUGGUCGUCGUGGUCGCACUGUCGGUGUAUCUAAGAAGAAGUAG